UCGUCUACGCCGAUCGUGUACGCUGUAGUCGCUCAAGUCGUUAUGACUUGUUGUCGAAUCGAAGGCGAAGAUUGAUGACGACUGCCUCAGACUGCUUGCUAACGAGUCAAGUGGUUUUAGUAAUGACUGAAUAGAACGUGCGCAAACUAAAUUUAUUAUGGCGAGCACGAGAAACGAGGAUAGAACUGUGUUAGAAGCAGAGACUAUCUUUCUAUUAAUGAAGAAGGGCUUUCCCAUCUCUCGUAAUGUGAGAGUUCAAUGGUUACUGGAGCAUUUGGACUCUGUGAUAAGUAUACAAUGUCCUAAUACGAAAAGUAAGGAAGAACCAGAACUGGAAAUAGUAUCUGUACUGCCAAAGGAUAAACCUGUCGGAUGGUCUACAGAUACCAGCUAUCAAUUUCUUUAUAAAGUUGUUUCAACGACAUCAAUUGUAUUUUUGGCGCACAAGUAUAGGAUGGUUUUUAGCUUAGAUUUAAGUCCGUCGCUUGCCACUGUUGAUGUACAAAGCGGAGAGAUUGUCAUUGACGAGGUGUGUCUGACGACGAAACGAUGUUUAGAAGGUAUAACUAGACCUUUUACUGUACCAGGCAGCAGGCGUGUGAUGCAGCCUGAAAUUUAUGUGACUGUGAUAGCUCAUACACCGUUCUUUACAAGCCCGGCGCAACAAGUACUAGUGCAAGGAUGGCUAAUUACUUCGGAUAACGUAAAUUCUCUCACACAAUACGUAGAAAAACAGUUGUACCUGUUAGAGGAGAGAGUGGCGACGGUCACAGCCAUAGCUAAUCAGCAAUUAGAAAAUUUAAGGGCAGAGAGUGAGCGUUUGGUAGGGAGGCUUUUUGAGGAAAGUAGCACCUGCUUGAACAAAAAUAAUUGUAAUAUCUCCAUAGUUUCACCGGAAGCCAGUUUUGUAAAUAUGUUGAGAUAUGGGAUGCUGGCUCUGACACUUUUACCUGAGCACAGCUGUGCACAUAUGGUAAUAGUCACGGAUGGUAUCAUCGGAAUUAAGAACGCUCACACGUUAGAUUCCAUUAUACAGCAGCUACGCGCAACGACGGUUGCAUGUAGCUUUUUGCGCGUAGGCAGUGCGUAUAAUCCACAUUGUGCGGAUGGUUUAGUGCCAUAUCAAGAUCUAUUGUAUUUUAUCGCUGCAGCUACGCUUGGUAGUUACAUGUCCUUCAAUUCAUAUGUGAUGCCUGUACAUGGAACAAAUAUGAAUCUUUAUCAUAAACAUUUUUUAUGCUGGCAAUUAUAUCGGAAUAUAUCGGACGGUAAUACAUCGGAUCGUCACUGUUGGCGAACUGAAAAUAAUUGUUUCCAUGGACAUAGAAGCGGUCAACUAUUGAAGAAAAAACAGAUUGACGACAAAGUUACUUGUACUUUAAGCAGUCUGCUGUGUUGUCGUCUAAGAGAAGGAUACUUAAUAAAAAGAGUCAGCGUACGUGACGACAUUCUUGAAAUAAAUUUUGUAUUAUUAUGGAAAACCAAUGUUUUCCUGGAAUAUCUAGUAACAUGUCCGUGGUCUUCAAAAUCAUUAUCUCUAUCCAACGUGAUACAAUAUACCAUUACCGUAGAAGCUCCAUACGAAUUUUUACAUGACAUUACAUGCCUAUCGAAAAAACCAUUGAACUCGCAUUAUCGCCAAGGUGUCAUCUCUCGCUUUUGGACGGCAUUGACAUCAUUAACCGAAAGUGACAAUAUGUUAGCGCACUUUAGUUGGUUUCCAGGAUCUGGAUGGACUUGGUAUAGUGUACCAGAUACUAUCAGAAGCGGAAUGCCUGUGUUUUACUUAUCAUCUUAUCCAUCACCAAGUACAGUACAACUUAGUGACGCCGCCUGUCCACAGUUUGGACAGAUAUGGCAACCGGUUGUUUCUUUAGAUCCGCUUCAGUGGGCGCGUUGGAUGCACACUCAGAGAAUUACGUUAAUCCUAGCUUAUGAUAGACCGUUACCAAGACAUCUUCAUCAAUCAAAUCAGAGCGGUCGUUUUCAAUGCGUUCAGAGUCGGCAAGCGGCGGCCGUACUAUACGCUAUGUUGAAAAAUUGGGCGACUUUUGUACUAGUUGAGAAUCACACGUAUGUUCAGUUCAUAUAUAGAGAGGCGGAAAAACCGCCGGUGUCAUUUUCAUUGAUUCGUAUUAAUUGCAAAGCGCUCUGCGUCGUACUCAAUAUAGCAUUUGCCGGCGGUACUGAAGGUGUCGUUCGUCACAACGUAGUUGUAGAUCUUGUGGACAGAUUAUCCAAGCUCACGCUGCCAAAUAGGCCGACGGAGCAACGUGAGAUUCCAUGUUGCACAAUAAUACAUAAAUCACUCGAGCGAAUUCUCGUAAGGUACGAGCGUAUACCAAGCAAUCUGAGUAUGGUGGUGUUUCCUGACGGAACUCAGCCAACUUGCGCCAGGGCUGCACUGGGGCUAUUGGGAGGUAGCCUAACAACUACCCUAUCUAGAUAUUUAUAUCACAAUCGUUGGCUGUGGCAUGUAAAGCGACCGUUCGUACAGACUAUCCCGGGAAUUACUUUGUCUAGACUAAACAUUACUGCAAUCGCGAGAAUACUCUCUACAAUUACAAAAAUACGUCUAGGAGAAGGUUUUAAUUUCGCGUAUUCAGCAGCUGGCAUCACAAACAUGGUGUUGGAAGUGCAAAUGCAGGGCUUCGGGAAUGACGAGAAUUCUUAUCCGUGUAUUAUUCAGUACGUUUUGUUCCCGCCACAUGUUGUACCGAAUGCAGCAUUAGAGCGCGAUAGCGGUACCGAAGAUGACACGGAAGAAGGUAUUGCCGAGGCAGAAGUAUGGACUGAAGAUUUGGAAGGAUAUAAUGAUUUUCAAAUCGUUACGGAGGUUUGGGUUGAACCACAAUGCGGUUAUGUACAAAUGCCUACACAAUCAAUUGCUAUGUAUAUGUAUCCUCUGCAGUACCAUCAAUUACCAGAUGCAAUUGCCCGAAUAGACGAGGAAUGUAUUAACGCUCUAUUGACCUUAGAAUACUUGAGCCUUUUGUGCCAAGUAACACCGGUGGAAAAAGACACCGAGAUUGUAUUCGGACAAGCGCACCAAGGAGUUAAGUAUCAUGGUACUGUGGGUGCGUCUACAGAUCGUAUCUCAGAAUGUCCAAAUCCAAUCGAACCUUUCGAGGCGACACCAAUCAUCGACGAAAGAAUACAUUCCAUGUAUUUCUCCUUCGAUACUCUCAGUAUUUUAUCAAAGUGUCAGCAAGCGGAACUUUUGUUCUCAAUGUUUGUUGAUGAUUCUGUCCAUAUCGAUGAGGAUAGAGAUAGUGCAAACAGAAUUCUUAUGGGAAACUUCCUGGAACAUAUGAAACAAUUGCACAAUAAAGAACUAUUACUUACGUCAGCGGAGUCGCAAAUGUUCACUAAAAUGCUUCUUAAUAGGCCACGUGAGAAUAUUCCACCAUUACCUUUCUUUAUGCAAAGAGAAAAAAAUUGUAGAGAUAACGUGUCAGAUAUUUAUCCGAGGUGGAAAUGUUUCGUUAAAGGAAUUAGUACGACACAUGUUAUUAUCACGAUAUUACCAGCCACUGAAAAAGAUGUCCGCCUGAUAAUGUACACAGGCGAUAAUUGUACAAGUAACAAUUCUGAGAAGAAUUAUGAUUCUGAUAUUUUCGAUCUUGAUAUGAACGAAAAGGUACCGUCUCCAACUUUGUGCACAGAGAAUUUAUCUGAAUUUGUGACAUUGGAACGCAGAGAGUCCAAAAUUUCUAGUCACUCUACUAUUGCAAAUAGCACGUCGAAAGCUAAUAUUAUAGACCAUAAUUAUGAUAACGUCGACAAUGAGGGAAGUCUUAUUAUACCUGUAUAUGUGUAUGAUUGUUCGUUAGCACUAUUAAUUGAUGCACUGGUCGGCCAGUUGCAAACACCUCAGAAUAAAGAUAUCUAUCAAGAUCAUACCUUUAAGAUCGGAGAGCAAAUUUCCGAAGAUUUCGUCAGUCUGAAAUCGGAAAGUAACACUAAGCCUUCAUCUCCGGAACCAAAGAGUGAAGAUUCUGACAAUAUUUCUAGCGAUCAACGAAGUUUGAUGGAGCAUUGCAAAUUGUUGAGUCUAGCACAUUGUCAUUGUUAUGUGGUUGCAGUUUAUAAGUCACUUGCACUGCAGCAAUCACUAAGCUAUGAGGAUAUGGAGGCUGCCGUGGCACAAUGUGAAGAAAAUCUGAUUGAAAUUAAUAUUACAAAUUAUUUACGAUUGGUAUGCAGACAUUUGAGCAUGUUACCAAAAGGUGAUCUGCUGAAUCAAUUGAAAAUCUCUGCAUGCAACGAUGUUAAACCAUUACACAAUUUGAUAAAAAAUAAAUUCAAAAGGAUAAUGGCACUUGCAUUUAGACCCGUACCUGCCCAUCCAGAAUUUUAUUACUGUUUACCAUCAUGGAUGUCAGAGAAAAUGGAAGAUGUGUCACAAAGAACAGAUAGUGAUGACGAUUUAGAUGAAUUCACAUGUCACUCUGAAAUGUCAGCUUCAAAAACAGAUAAUUCUUUUAAUCAAGUAAGUCAAACUGUCAAUAUUACAUGGCCGGUUACGAAUCUUCAUAACAAUGAGAAGCUGUCUCAUCAUUCUAACUCCAAGGAUUCGCUUAUCAGUGAUUUUGAUGAAGAAAAUAUGUGGAACAUGAAAAAUCAGCCGCUCUUCUUACACUUGAGUUGCUCGAUUCGUUUCCGCUCCGAACUUUCCAGUAUACCUGUUAAAUUGAUGCCUACUUGCUUUACCGAAAUCGUUCAAAGGAUUAAUAACGAUAAAGAAAGAAAUCUAGCUGAAUUAAAUCUAGACGACCUAAAGAUUACUUUAGAUAUCAUUUGUUUAAGUCUUCCAAAAGAAGUGUUGGAAGUGUCAUUAGAACGUUACCCUGCAUUAAGAACCACAUCUUACUGCAGCGCUUCGACGUUUGGUAGCAUGCCAAGUGAUAGCAGUCCAGGUACAAAUGCGAAAACUGAAUCAAUACAGGAAAGAAUGCCGCAGCUAUCUCAGCAUCAUGCAGUAACCAACUUGAAAGAUGAGAUCGAAUGGUUGUUGCGAGACGAGACUGCGACCGCACUUUUAGACCAUUCUUCGCCGAAUGCAGAUACAUUGAAGUUUAUAGCACAGCACGUGUCGGAAUCUACUGGAAGAUUCAGUUGCUCAAUGGAUAAAGUACCUUUGCAUUUUGUUUUCCCUUCAGAAAGCAGCGUACCUAAAUUUUUAAAGGAAUUGAAAAAUCUUGAGAUUGACAAGUACUGUAUCUGUCAAGAGGCCGACUUAUUUUACUUCGUUAAGAAACCAGAAAUAAUAGUACAUGAUAUAGAAGCCGAUAUAUUACUUGUAGAUGUAGAAGAACAGUCAUUAAAAGAUGACGAAAGUAUUGGAAAUGCGGAGAAAGAAGAAAUAUCUACUAUUCAAUCAAUUCAAAUAAACGGACAAGACUCUGGAGAUGUACCAGGUUAUUACUCUGAAAUAUCAAGCAUAGCUGAAGAGAAACAUGGGACAGAUGAUGGAUAUGAAGGUGACAGCAGUAAUUCUGAGGAUGAUUAUCAAUGGUUGAUACAACUUGAUAAAUGUAGAGAGUGUUUACCCAAUUUCUGGCUAAUUAUGAAUGUCGAAAGCAGUCACGUUAAUGUUUAUUUUCACUGCAGAUUUUUGGAACUUUCUUCACCAGAAGUGGAUUGUUAUUCGCAAAUACAAAAAACGCUACUCGCUCAAAUCAAAGCCAUAUGCCGGCGAGUAAAUCAAUAUUUACUUUUACAAAAUCUUCAUGAUACUCGCAUAUGCGACCUACUAUUAGAACCCGAAUCCACCGAGGAUCAUAAUGCGUGGAAAGAAACCGGUGGUGAGUCUGGAAAUCUUUUGCAGAAUCACAAUUCUUCAACUUUGAAUGUUACGCCAGGCAUGUUUAGAUGCCCUGUCAUUUGGGAAGAACCCUUCAAUCUUCAUCCUCGCUUAAAGACCGGACCUGGAAGAUCCGGAUUAUCGAGAGGGAUCAAAGCGUUGCAUGGCGUGCUUAAUAGGCUCUCCGUUAACAAUCGAAAUAAUAUGUUCGUAUAUCAGGAAAAUAACGAGAAUGUAUUUUAUCUGCGACUUCACGAGCAGAUGAACGAUGUUAAACCUUUACAGAAUAAAUUGUCGGAAAGUGAUGAGAAAUUAGUUGUCUCGCGUAGCAACAGCGUCGCAUCCUUAUCGCAAGCUAAAGGUAUUGGCAUGGUGAACGAUCAUGUCGUAACGAAUGACACGAGGCCUAGAGUUCGUUCAUUUGGCGAAAAAGAGUCCGAUAUCUUGAACAAAACUGGAGAUUCAAUUAUUCUGAUGGUACAUGGGAUAUCAGAAGCCGGUCCAGAAGUCAAACGGGAUUUAGUGCAAGUAUUGCAAAAUCGUCUUGAUGAUGCAGUACUAGAAGUGCUGUCCGUGAUGUUGGCACGUAAUCCAAUGUGUAAGCUGACACCGGCAGACGUGCAUUUCAUACAAAAACCAUACAAGUCUCCCGAAUGUAUAGUACAAUUGUCAGUACAGCCACACUGCUUACGAUAUAUGAAUGCUUUGGGAUAUUAUUUGAGGCAGAAUAUACUGCAAUUCUUGUAUACGCCAAAAUAUACGGAUCUUGGUGCGCAUUAUCAUUUUCAGGAUUACACUCCGUUAGACGGUACCAGAAAGAAAGUAUCCGAAUCCGAUAUCUUCUUAUACAAUCAAAGCCAUUCGAGUGGUAAUAAAGGUAUAGCUUGCAUUGCAUUAGCCAUUACCGAUGACAAAGGAGAAUCCGCAACGUACUCAAAUGAUUUAAAUAACGAAUCGAGUUUUCCUAAGUUGUUGAGAGUUGAGAAUUUCGAGAGUAUUGUAUCGACGAACAUUUACGAUUAUAAAAGUGAUUCUAAACCGAAUGCACAAACAUUAAUCGAAUUUCGAAUCUGGAAGCAAGGCAGAGUUAACUUGGAAUCAUUAAUUUUAAAAUUAUCGUCCGCUGUGAAGCAUGGUAUUUGGGAUUUAGUCACAGAAUAUAAUCUUCUAGCGACUCCGUUGACGGAACCAAUUAUUGAUUCUUCAACAACGGUCGGUGAAACGGAAAAUAAAGAAAUUCAGACACUCGUAAAAACGUCAACACAAAAAGUUUCCGAGAAUUUAACGAUCAAUCAGUACGAACUCGGUGAAAAAGGAAAAUUGGAUGGGACUUAUCACACUACGCUAGCACGCUGGUUUCAAUUUGCAUUAGAAAUGGGAGUUCCUGCCGUCAAGAAACACGAGGUGAUCAUUCACCACAGGCAUGCGAUUCCCGUAAUUGUGAGAGAGCUGCAGAAUCUCAUACGUAGUCAGGAUCCAGACACAUCUAGCAAAGUUUUUAUUUUGCAAGAUCGACAACCAUUCCUAAAUCAAUUUAUCGUUUCGCAUAAAACUGGAUCUGCACCCAAAUGGUCUGACAGCAUUCGAAACAGUUCCGAUCAGUCGUUAGCGGAAAAUAUGGAUCAAGAAAGCGCAAAUUCACCCGUGUACGUGCCGCAUGAGUUUAACAAAGAAGAACAAAUUACUUACAUCAAAUGUAUUUUAGUCGCGAGGAAUUUUCAUCAGUGGAAGGCAUCUUUGGGUAAAGAAAUAGAUCUGGAACUGCUUGCUCCUAAAGAUCAAAAACAAUUGCAAAAAUUUAAUCCUCUUAUAUCGGAAUCAAAUUUUGUGCCUAGGCAGAGGAUACUGUUAGCUGAAAUAUUAAGUGACAAUAUAAUCCUUUAUAUGUACAACUGGUCCAAGGAAAAAUCAGAAAAAUUGAUCAAACAAACGACAAGUUUAGGAACAUGGCUCUCUUCUAGAUCGAGUCUAUUUACCAGCAUAAUCAUGCAAAAAUUGGGUAUAUUUCAUCACAAGUUCACCCGAGAAUCUCAGCAGAGAGUCGAGCACAGUUCUCAAUAUUAUCAGAUCAACGAUAUGGAAAGUUUAGCAAAAUUUCCAAGUCAAUCAAAUAUCGAUAAAGACUGGGCGCGAUCAAGUAAUCGAGCGCAGUCGAUGAAGAAUAACGCGUUUUCGUGGAUUCAAGUAGUCGGACAGGCGAUGCGCGACGCAAAACCAAGCGUUCCACAUCCUCAUAACAUGACUGAUACAAUUGUAAAGGCUGCUUACGACUUACAGGAUCUUCGACAUCGAGAAAAGAGAAUCAAAGAGGAUUUGGAGAAACUAUAUGCAAUGUGGCAGAGCCGUACGUCUAAUAUACCGAUAUCAUUGAACGCUUUGAAUACGUUCAAGCAAUACUCUCGUUUAAUACAUUUCUGCCAUACGCCGCUUCUCUUUUUGCCUGCCUGGCGUUUACAGUCCGCCGCCACAAGGGAUCAUUCAUUGACGCCACCGCAGUCAUCUCACUUUGGCUUGAACGGUAUUGAACAAUCGUCGCAAGCGACGCAAUCGAAACAGGAAGCAACAAAUGCAAUUAUGAUAAAGUGGCAUCAAGAGCUCUGCAAAUCAAUGCUAUCCGAAUAUAGACAAUAUCUGCAGAUUCUGGGCUUUAAUCCAAUCCAAGUGGAAUCACUACAUAAAACAAACGAGGCGUACGCUCAGCAGCAGUCUUAUUAUCUCAAGAAAUCGAUGCUGGGCGGCAUUUUGCUGUUCGAAGUUCACUUGUCACAACCAUUUUUUAUCGUGAAGUUGCGUAUCAUUGAGUGUAAUCGCUUACAGACGAAGACGAGUAGCGGUAUGAUGAAUCAAUUUGUAUUAAGUUUUGUGGAUGUUUGCGACAAGAUUCAAAUCAACAUGCAUUUGCAUUCGUUUACAUAUGAUUUUCAUUUACGUUGUAUUCAUUCCUACAUCGCUGGAACUGGAUUGUGGUCCUUGCAGCAAGGUUACCAUCUCACUCACUUUAUGGAUGAUUUUAUCAAAUAUUAUAGCAAAGCACCAAAUUACGCCAGAAAUCUGAUAUACAGUGACGUGAUAACAAUACGCGAUAUAGCGAUACCUGCACGUACAUUAUACUCUUAUUUGCUCUCACAUGAGAAGGUAUACGGCAUGCGUGUGUUCGUGAUGUCCGGCGAACUCCAGGAAUCUCAUGACAACGAAUAUGUCCUAAUUAAACUGCAAAGUACUCCCUCGGUUAGUUAUUGCGACGCCCACGAUAUAAAGUGUACAGACGACUUCGACGUAGCACUGAUUGUGUCGCGCAUGGAACAGUCACCGCAAAUCGAGAAGACUGAGAUUACUUUGAAAUAUUAUCUGAUGUUGACAAGUAAGAGGGAAUUAUAUCCAAAAAGAGAGGUGGAGAAUAAUAAGCUGGGCAAAUUUAGGACCGUCUACAGCGUUGGGAAGCCUGCGACCAGCUCAUGUACGGAGAACCCGAUGGAAUCUAAUUCCGCUUCGCGUAUAUUACCGUUUACGAGAUGCAACAUCAGGACAGAGAUGUCGAACAUCGAUCUCAGAACAUCUCAGCAGGAGAAGAGUUCCUCGAGCGAUGUGACUACUAAAGAUAUUGAUAUCAAAAUGUCAAACUAUAAUGUUCACAAUAAUUCGGCGCCAACACCUCCACCGGUCCCAAAUUCUCCCUUAACGCAAAACUCCAACAUCCCGAGUGUAGUCUCAGACACACCGCCGCCACGGUCGUCAUCCUCAUCAUCAUCAUCAUCCUCUUCCUCCUCCUCCUCCUCCUCCUCAUCAUCAUCAUCAUCAACCUCAUCAUCAUCCUCCUCAUCGUCAUUAUCGUUGUCGUCAUCGUUGUCGUCGUCGUCAUCACCAUCACCGCACUUGAUGCAGAUUCGUCAGGAAUCAGUAAAUUACCUAGGGUAUUAUUCGUCGCACGAACAGCUCAUGCAACAGAUGAUCAUGGCUCAAGCGAAGGCUGCCCGUCAGCACAUAACGAACAUGGUAGAGCGCGGUGCGUUGCAGUGCCGAACACACUUGCUUUGGGAUAAAUUAUUAGAGAACAAGACAUCGAUGGCAUACACAGAGUUCAAGGAGCUCUGUUCGUUAGCCCACACCGAGCCCCUUUCGAAUCUGGAUUCUAGACUCGGUCUGUUCAUUAAUCAACCAGUAUCAUGGUAUCAGGCAUUGUCCAAAGUAUUACAGAAUAAAUAUCAAGAGCAUCAUAAACAAUUUAUUACUUCUGAUGGAAAUAUCACCCAUCAUCUCAUAUUGCAUCCGACUCUCGUUCAAGCGUUCAUGAUGCUGACCAUCGACAUGCACACAUCGAGAGGGGACUUAUGCGCAGUUUAUCGAAAAUCCACAGAGAUUAACAUGCCAAUAAACAUGGAAGACAUCUACGCUUUAGUCGAAGAUUUCGUCAACGCUUGUUGCUUCCACUUAUGGAUGGGCCUUUGCAGUCAGUGAUAACAUUCCGAAUGUACAAUACAAUUGCGUAUUGCUUGUGAAAAUAACAUACAAAUUUACAAAAAAUUGUUAUAUGCAGUGUUAUAUAGCAAAAUAUCUUUCUGAACGCGUAGAUCAGCACUCUAAUUGCUAAUGGAUUAUUAUUACACUAAUACAAUUUUGUAAAUAUGAAAUAUAUAUUUUCAUGUUACAUACAUUAAUUCUCAUAUAAUUAAUCGAAUAAUAAUUUAUUUGAUAAUA